CCUCAAAACAACCCGUGGUACGGAAGGAGCAACAGCAUUACGACCUUCCAAUGGUUGACCGGGCAUUUUCUCUGGGUCAUCCGGGUCGCGGUAACGGGUCAGCAUCCGGCUCAGUCCGGUAAGGAUGCCUAACUCGCAUGCGGGGUGCGUCAAUCCCGCGGGUAUUUGCCCAUCUCCAAGAACCUCAACUUCACUUCUUGGCCCUUAACUCCGCAGAAGCAUCUUCCCACUAUCCCCCAGGACUGGUGAGAAAAUGGAGAAGGGAUCCGGCAUCACAUUGCCGCUGCCUCCACAGCCAGAUACAACACGAUGCCGUGGAUCGCGGCGUCGCUUCCGAGUUGCCGCCCUGCUCGCGGGCAUCGUGGUCCUCGGCUGCCUGACAAACCUCCGUCUCUUCAGCUAUCGUCUGCGCAGCCCCGUUAGUGAAGAGCCGCACUCUGUGCAGGGCGACCACUUGAAUCCCUGGGAAUCCAUCACACCCAGCCCAGAGCUCGAAUGGCAUCCCUGCUACACCUCCAUCAACCCCUCCUUCCUCUGCGCCCGCUUCACCGUUCCCAUGGACUACACCUCCUCCUCUUCUUCUGCCAACAACAACUCAGCCUCCGCUGGCAAAGUGCACAUCGCCCUCCUCCUGCUCCCCUCCCAAACCCACAACCACACCCAAACCCACUCAUCGCCCACGAGCAAGUUGAAGCAGCCACUGUUACUCAACCCCGGCGGACCCGGCGGGUCAGGCGUGGCACUGGCCCUGCUCGGCGGCCCGGCGCUGCAGAAGGUCCUGGGGCCAGACCAACCCAUUCUGGGCUUCGACCCCCGCGGCGUGGGCUUCACUGUCCCCAGGGCCGAUUGCUGGGCUGCCCCUCCUCCGCCCUCCUGCAAGCAGCACCACCACCACCACCACCGUCACCGUACUCGUGACGGUGGUGGUGAUUGCGAGGAAGAUGUCGCCGGCGGGAUGCUGCGCCGCUUGCAGUGGGAGUCCAUGACGCGGGACUUUGGCGGGCUGAACGAGAGCGAUGUGGCCACGAGGCUGAUCGAUGCGGGUCAUCGCGGGGUGAAUCGGCUGUGUGGGGAGAAGGAUCGUCGGCUGAAGGAGGAGGGCGGGAGUAGUAGUAUACUGGGCCAUGCCAGCACGCAGCAUGUGGCGCGGGAUAUGAAGGGGAUUGUUGAUGCGUGGGAGAGGUGGGUUGGUAAACACGGGGCUGGGGAAGAUGCUGAGGAGGGCCUGAAGGGAAAGUUGGUUUACUGGGGGUUUUCGUACGGCACGUAUCUUGGUGCCACGUUUGCGAGGAUGUUUCCCGAGCGGGUCGGGAGGGUGGUGUUGGAUGGUGUCGUGGAUGGGGAGCUGUACGAGACUCCCCUGUGGAGGGAGAGUCUGGUGGAUGCGGAUAAAGUGCUGGGGGAGCUGUUCCGAUACUGUGUCGAGGCGGGGAGGAAGUGCGAUCUGUAUCGGAACGGGGAUACCGCGCAGGAUGUCAAGCGGCGAUAUGAUGAGGUCAUGGACCGUCUGGAGACGAGCCCCGUCACCUUUACCCACCCGGAGCACUUCUACCCGGUCUUCCUCCGCAACAACUUCGUCAAGCAGCUCGUCUUCACGACCCUGUAUUCGCCGGUGAAGGGGUUCCCUGGGCUGGCCACCGUGCUGAACAUCAUCUACGAGGGCAAGUACGAGCUGCUGGGCGCGCUCUUCCAGGACGCGCAGCUGCUCUGCACGGUAGCGGGAAACCCGCUCGUCACAGGCACGAUGACCGACGCCCAGCGCGCCAUCAUGUGCGGCGACAAGACGCAGUCAGUGAAUAUGACCCUCCCCGAGAUACGCUCCGGCCACGAAGCCCUGGCGGCCACCUCCCAGUUCGGGGACAUCUGGAUGGAGCUGAUGCUGAAGUGCAACGGCUGGGAUAUCUACCCAUCCCACCCUCUCCCCGCUACCGAACUUUCAAAGACCAAUAAACAAAUCGAAACGACCCACCCAAUCCUCCUCCUCUCCAACACCUACGACCCCGUCACCCCUCUCCGCGCGGCAGUCAAGACGGCGCUGCAGUUCAAGGAUGCCGGCCUGGUGGAACAGCAGUCGCUCGGACACUGCACCAUCUCGACGGUCUCGCGAUGCAUGGCGAAGGUGCUGCGGGAGUAUUUUACAACCGGCAAGGUCCCGCCGCCUCCAAGGGUCGACGGUAAGGAGGAGUUCAAAGGGGAGUGGACGCGAUGUGGCGUUGAUGAAGUCCCCUGGGGAGCUGCUGGUCCCGAUCGGGCCGGAGUCGAGACGGUGGAGGAGAGGGAGAUGCUGGAGGGGUGGCGGGCGUUGCAGACCAUUUUUUGGAGGAUGCAGCGCUGGGCGACUGCUGAUAGGGAGGGAGGGCCGGAUAUGGAAGCGGUGAUGUCGUUGGCUAGGAGUUCGUGAUCGCGUCUUGUGUCUGAUUCUGAGAUUGUAUGCCGGCUGGAUCCCGGGGCGAAGCAUUGUGGGUUGUUGAGGUUCUGGUUUUGUCUUGCCGUUGACUGCUGGCAAGAUUUCUUUGAGCUACGUAGCGGAUUUGCGCUAAGGUUUCCCCAAAUUCUGCGACUUGUAUGUAUGAUUGUCGUGUCCACUGUACACGCACGCUCAUGGAUCUUCGACCGGAAUCGUUGUGCUGUCGUGAAGGUCAUCAAUUGAUCUAGACGCUGUACAAAGUAGGAGUGGGCGUACCUGGUUGUAACUGCCAAGUAUAAAGACCCUUUCUCCGACAUACGACAUCCAUGAUGAUCUUGUGUCGGUGACUGCUUGUAGCAUCUAUAGUUGGGAAUUGAUAAUGCCGACUUAGCCUACCUCAUCACAGUUGCAGCUCCAACGCCGGACACGGACACGUAGA